AUGAUCGCUCUCUCUUCUCCAUAUGCCAGUAUUGUCUAUUAUCCGGAUGCGUACAGUUGGGAUUACGUGUACACUCCGCCAAACAAUCUCUCAAUUGUUGUGCAAAAAGUCGAGGAAGUGAUCGAGAUUGGCGGCAUUUUCGUGGCCGCUUUUUUCUAUGGCGGUGUACUUUUGCUCCUUUGCCGAACGAGGCAUAUCUUCAAAUCCUCGAAAAACUAUCGAGUCGAAGCGAAAAUUUUGAUCCAAGCCAUCGUCAUCACUGUCUAUUGCACAAUUUUGAACGUUUUUUGGCAUAAUUAUCAGGUGCUUCUCCCGGCCAGUAUCUGGUCCUAUAUGGCGCUUAAUUUCAUGUGGAUUCUCAACAGUGGCAUUUAUCCGCUUAUCUACUUCAUUCUUAACAAAACGAUUCGCGAAAAGGUUCGGUCGAGCCGCGAUCAC